AUGCCCAAGGCAAAUCUCCUCUCUUUAUUUUACCACGGGACUAUGCUUUCGCGUUUGGGAUAUUGUGUGAAACUCAAGGUGGUUUCUGCCGAUGGUGGGGACGGCUUCCCCGGAAACUUGACAGUCUAUAUUACCUAUCGUCUUUCAGAAAAUGAAGAAGAUCAACGAGUCAGCCUGUUGAUUGAUUAUUUACCUCCACCACAGUAUAUCUAA